AUGGGUACUUGGGAGAUGAUCAUUCUAGUAGUAGUGAUUCUUAACUUCAUCCUCCUCCGCAAAUAUCGGAGGAAGAUCAUAAAAAAAAAUGGAGCAUUCUCAAGCUGGCCUGCGGUCGGAAUGCUUCCAGAUCUUCUUAAACGACUGGAAAGCAUCCACGAUUCAGGAACGGAAUUUCUCAUGCAAAAUGGAGGCACGUUUGAGAUCGAAGGACCUUGGUUGGCCAACAUGGAUUUUCUGGCCACAUGUGAUCCUGUCAACGUGCAGUAUAUCUUGGCCAAAAAAUUUGCCAACUAUCCAAAGGGUCCGGAGUUCAGGGACAUCUUUGAGGAGCAUCUUGGAGAUGGGAUUUUGAAUGCCGAUUCCGAUUCAUGGAGAAAGCAAAGAAAAAUGUUUCAGUCCUUGAUUCUUGGACAGACCAAGUUCGAGUUGUUUGUUGCCAAAGCCAUGCACAAGAACAUCGUGCACGCCCUUAUCCCAGUUCUUGAUCAUGUCCACGAAACGAGAACUCAGCGGAUAGCAUUUAUCAACUCAUUCUCAUUGUUUUUCGGUUGUGAUCCAUUUUCCCGAUCAAAUAACUUCCCAGAAGGAUCAUACCAAAAAGCUUUUGGAGAACUAGAGGAUGCUUUAUUCCGCAGAUAUGUUGUCCCGAAAAUCUACUGGAAGUUGCAGAGGCGGCUCUCUAUUGGAAUAGAAGGAAGGCUAAAACGGAUAAUACAACUUUUUGAACAAUUCUUUAACCAAAGCAUCUUACUAAAACGAGAAGAACAUUCGACAAGAAGUGAAAUUAGAAAGGACGAUGACAACGCCAACUCCGACGUGCUAACGAGUUAUUUGGAGGACGAAGAGAAAGAAGCAAAAAUCUCGGGUUCCUUGAGACCGCAAUCCGACAAGAUGGAAGACUUGUGGGGUAAAGACUGUUUGGAAUUCAAGCCGGAGAGAUGGAUCGCGGAACAAGGAGGCCUUGUCUAUGUACCAUCUCACAAGUUCAUAGCCUUCAAUACAGGGCCAAGGCUUUGUCUAGGCAAAGACAUGUCUUUGAUUCAGAUGAACGCUAUUGCCACUGCGGUCCUUAGUAAUUACCGUCUUCAAGUGCUUGAAAGGCAUAUCGUUUCCCCGCGUUUAGCGGUAGUUCUUCACAUGAAACAUGGCUUGAAGGUAAAGGUUUCAAAAAGAUCAAUUUGA